AUGGCGGCUGUCAAUCGAAACAUGUUCGAAGCCACCGUCACGGCGCACACGCCGGACGACGCAUCGUUGAUGGUGAUGCCGUUGAACUUGAUCGACAAGAUUAUUUCCUACGUCGACGACACCGCAGACCUCGCCCGGCUAUGCAGGACCUGCCGGGUCCUUAACUACAUGUCUCUCCCACUCUUGUACAGAAACCUCACCCUAACCUCUUACGACAAAAUUCGAUACUGCGGCGAAGAACCCGAAGGAAUGGGCAGCGCAAGCCCCUUCUCAAUGGGCCUCAACGCAGUCAUUACCCGGCCGUAUGCGAGACUCGUCCGAUCGCUGACCAUCCGCGGCGAAUGGCGCGAACACGAACUCGAAGAACACGCGCGAGUCGGACGGGUACCUGACUCCUCGAUGAUGCUGAAUAUAGCCGUCCGCGCGGCUGUGGAUCGCAUGCCAGACUUGGAGAGUUUUAGCUGGGAGCUUAAUACAAAGAUGCUGGAGACGGUGUAUGUGGGACUUGCGCAGUUGCCGCGUUUGACGUCGUUGAAUGUGCGAUUUCCGAGUAGUCGGCAUCCGAGGCCAACGAUUGUUAUUCCGCCGAUGCCGCAUUUGAGGAGGUUGAAGUUGACGGAUAUUGACCCGUUGUGCUAUCCGGAUGACAUUUCGACGUUGUUGUGGAAGUGUAAGAAGUUGAAGGAGCUGAAUAUGCAUUGGUCGCCGCGAAUGCGCAAUGCGCAGGAGCCGAGUGUUAUGCUGCAUGAUUACUUUCGCAAGUGUGUUGCGGCGAAGGAGCCGUUGGCUGUGCGGAAGAUUGCGCUGCAGAAUUUGUAUGCACUGCACAGUGAAGAGUUUAACAUCGCGUUUGAUCCUAAUACGGUGGAGGAUGUUACGGUUCUCAACAACACUGGCACAGAUGGUCCGAGUUUCAUGAAUACUUUUGUGGACAGGAGCUGGCCGACGAAUCCACCUAAUAGUCGUCUGCGUAUCAAGUGUAUGAGACAGGAUGCGCUGUCCAAGAGACACGCUGAGUUUCUGGCGAAAUUCACAGGCUUAGAGAAGCUAUACUUCGUCAAUCCCCCUCGUGAUGCCAACGAUGUGGUCUCCCCGAGAGCUCCGAGCUCGUCCUCGCCGCCACCAUUCUCAGACUACGCUUAUCCUCAUUUAAACUCCCCUACCGUCUCAUCACCGAACCCUGCAAGCCUCCAGCUCAACAUCCGAGAUAGCUACCUCAACGCCAUCGUGACAAAUCACGCCUCCACACUCCGCCACCUUCUACUCCCAUCCCGAUGGCCUCUCUCCUCAUCCACCCUUGCCCGCAUUGUUCACGCGAGCCCAAAUCUAGAACAAUUCGCUUUUGCAACGGAGGUGAACAGCAUGGAGACGCUAGGUCUCAUUCUUCCGUUUCUCCGGAAGCUAGUGGCUCUUCGCCUUCUAAUUCCAACAGGGAAUAUCUCCUCGCCUCCCAAUGGAACAAGCACAGGAACAGGGGCCACGCCACGGACUAUAAGCAAUGCGAACGGACUCGUCUCAGUGCGAACACUACAAGAUCUUGUCGAAGUGGACGAUAAGAUUCUCACGGAGAAAAUGAGCAUACAUCUAGCUGAUAAGAGUAUCUUCAGUCAUCUUAAGGUCCUAGGAAUUGGCUGGAAAGCAUGGGAAUUGCGCGAGUUCUAUAUUUCAGACGACCAUCAGCAGCCAUCAUCCCAACCACACACAGAACAAUCUCCAAACCACUACGUCUCUUCCCCAACCCUCCAAACAUCCACAUUCGAAAACGGCACACCAAACCCAGGCCUAGGCAUGAACAUCACCUCCCCCACACAUCCCCAUCUCCCCUCCAUCCCAUACACACACGGCUAUCCUCAAUCCCGCCAGCAAUCCACCACCUCAGUCCUCGGCAAACGCUCCCGAGAAGAUGACCACCAAUCCCCCUUCACAACCUCGCCCACAAAAACCCAUCACCACCAACCACUUCCUCACGAGAGCAUUCUUGCGGAAUUAGAAGAUAAUGUUUGUCUCCCGCUGCAGACCAAUCCGGAUGCGCAGCGGUGGAGAAGAAGGUUACGGCGUGUGGGGUGGGAGGUGCUCAAGGAUUGGGAGGUUUGGGGUUUGGAUAAACAGGAGUUUUAA